AUGCAUAAGAAGCAGCAUUCAAUUAAAGCAAAUGGCUCCCAGCAGCAAAUAAGUACCGGUGGAUACGGUGCGGUGCCCGGGACGGCUAGCGAGUGUGAAAAACAGCUUGAUGCGGCCAUCUUCCGUGGUCUGCACGCGCUCACCAAACGCCACGAACCGUCGGACGAUUUUCGGGGCGUCUUUGUCCGUGGUGCGUUCCUGAAACCCAACACCAAGGCCUUCAUCCAGGUGCUUCACUUUCUGCUGAACGUGUACGAUGCGCGCGAGUUCAAGAAACGUUUCAUCUGGCCGAUCUACGACAAGAGCAUCGAAAAUGCGUUCCGCUCCACGACGGUUACGUACGUGAACCAGCUCAUCGAGUCCGGAAAACUAACCGGAAUGGGAAAGAUCAAAGCCCAUGUCGUCGUGCUGCCGGGUGGGGUCAAGUUCAUGAAGUUUCUGCUCGGACUGACGCGAUUCGUAUUGCAGGAGGAACUUGCCCGAGUCCGUCCGGCGACCCCCGCUUACCAACCGCUCUCGCGAGGUCACCUGGCAGAUUUGGCGGAAAAACACAAGCGCCUGUCUGAAAUGCGGGAUCGUCUUGGAGCGAUCAUGCAGGAGGAGGUGAAGAGCUUAUACCAAAGUACCGGUCAGAUCCGAGCUCUGGUAGCGGACAUCCUGAGUAAAAGUGCGGCGGCGCAAGCGAUAAGCUUCGAAGAGCUGAUGGGUGCUUGGAUUGAUUUGAUCGAAAACCAGCGGCAGGAACAGGAGCAUAAGCGUGAUCGUGUAUUUAACGUAGCACGCCAGAUCGACAAGCUCACUCAGCAAGCGACCCGUCUGCUCAAAGAGAACGAACACGGUUUAUCGUUUAGCAAGGAGCAACUGAAGGACGUGCUUACGAAAUUGCAGCUGAAUCGACCAAGUUCGCUCUCGGAGCCAGUUAGCCACACCUCGGCUCUCGAGGUGUUCGACGAAAAGGACAAAGUGAACCCCGUCAAACUGUUCGAGUACUUUGGUAACCUGUUGCCAGAGAUUGAAUCAUGCUUUGCAAGCUUCUCUUCCAAGGAUCACUCAACGGUAGAUUUCGAGUAUAAGGAGCUAUCCCGCGUAACGCUUCGGAUGACGGAGGUGCGCCAGGAAAUCGACUAUCUAUCCCGUACGCUACCUUGCUUGAGGUACAACCUUAAUGUUGCCGCUGGUGAACCGCAAUCGCAACAAGAGAGCAGCCCAGAAACUAUGAUCGACAACUAUACGAUCAAAAGCAAACUGUUCUGCACCCCACCGAUAGCGAUGAACUUCGAAGGAACAGGUGACCAGCGAGCACUGGGAACGGCCGGUAGGGGGAUUGUUCGCCUGGCGCUGCUGGAUAAGGACGAAGUGCAUGCAAUGAACGCCCGCCUUAAACUACUCUCGACCAGCAUUCACCCAUCCAUUCGCAGUCCAAGACGUGCUGCUGCAGGUGCAACUAUAUCGCAUUUGGCCACCGGUUCCUCCGUUAGCACUCAAAUGGAGGAUGCCAGCAAUACGCUUAAAGUAUUCGCUGUACCCGCUCGAACCCUGCGCAAAGAGAAGCUCGAUCCACUUACCAUGCUAAAUCGCAUCAAGGCUCAGAGCCACAAGCAGCAACAGGAUGUAGCAACGGGCGCUGCCAACAGCUCAAUAAUGAACUUCUCUACCAUUAGCGACAUGACGCUACGGCCUGAGUUCUCAUCGACAAUGCUGGGCACACCGGAGAAGGCCUCAUCGAAACCGCCAUCGAACAAGGUUGGCAAGCAGUCGCAACCGUUCGGUGUCUCUUCACCGGGCACCAACCUACCGGGUGGCAGUCCACGAUUGCGCGCCUUGUAUGCAGGAUCGACCACACCGAAAUCUGCCCUUACGUCUCGCUUUCUCAUGAGUGGUCUUGCUCCAGGAGCAAGACGAAGCCAUGACGGUAGUAGCGUUGCCGGUGCCCACAUACCCGCUACUAGCAUCAAGCAACGUAGUUCGCUCAUCGUUCACGAAACGAUUCAAACAUCUCCAUCCGGUCGCCUGGGCUCCAUUGUAGGGCAGGGCGAACCAUUACCAACAACACCGGCAAAUAUCCUCAUCACAGUGACGGAUGUAAUUGAUCUAACAAUCGAUGGUAGCGACACGGAAGAUGAACAAACGCUCAGUCCUGAGAACGGUGGCCAGCUGGUCGAUUUGUCGCAUACGCUUCUUGCUAAUACUGCAAUUGAGCAGCGACCUGCCGAAGGGCAGGAACCUGGAGUCCGGAGCCAAGAUGUGCUUCAAAUGCUCAUGAAAACCGACCCACAAAUGUCUCAAGAAGUUGAUCUCUUCAACGUAAGCGAUGGUAUUGUCACCGAUUUUGAGUAA